AAGAAGAAGAAGUACGCAUGCGCGAGUUUUUAUCCGAACUACACUAUGGCGGCGAGAGGCCAUGUGCAAGAUCCAAACGACAGGAGGCUCAGACCUAUAUAUGACUAUCUUGAUAAUGGGAACAAUAAAAUGGCAAUACAACAGGCAGAUAAACUGCUGAAGAAACAUAAGGACCUACAUUGUGCCAAGGUCUUAAAAGCUAUUGGCCUUCAAAGGACGGGAAAGCAGGACGAAGCUUUUAUUUUGGCGCAGGAGGUGGCCACUCUAGAACCCACUGAUGACAACUCACUUCAAGCUUUGACAAUACUGUAUAGAGAGAUGCAUCGUCCGGAGUUGGUCACUAAGCUGUAUGAGGCUGCAGUACGGAAAGUUCCUCUCAGUGAGGAGUAUCACUCUCACCUAUUUAUGGCUUAUGCUCGCGUGGGAGAGUACAAAAAGAUGCAACAGGCAGGAAUGGCCUUGUAUAAAAUCGUUCCAAAAAAUCCCUAUUACUUCUGGUCUGUCAUGAGUCUUGUGAUGCAGGCAAUAUCAGCCAAAGAUGAAAAACUGGCUCAAACCAUGUUUCUUCCCUUGGCUGAACGCAUGGUAGAAAAGAUGGUGAAGGAGGAGAAGAUUGAAGCGGAAGCUGAGGUACAGCUGUAUUUUAUGAUCCUGGAGCAACUGGGAAAGUAUGUAGAAGCUCUGGAAGUGAUCCGAGGUCCGCUAGGAGAAAAGCUGACCAGUGAGCUGCAGAGCAGAGAAAGUAAGUGUAUGAUGCUGUACAAACGACUUGAACGUUGGCCGGAGUGUAACGCCUUAGCUCACAAGCUACUUCUCAAAAAUCCUGAUGAUUGGCAGUUUUAUUCAUAUUACUUCGACUCUGCCUUCCACCUAAUGGAUCAGUCAUGGAGCCCACCUAAAGAAGGCGAACACUGCUUGGAGGGUUUGGUACAUUACUCUGUGGCAGAGGUGGUGAGGUUUGUGGAAGAGAGAAUCAAGGUGGAAGACAGCAAAGAGUCUCGCUCUCUCAGAGGGCCCUAUUUAGCCCGACUGGAACUAAUUCACAGACUGAAAAAACGAGGCUAUCCUGAAGAAAACCUGCCGGGUAAUCCUUCAGACCUGAUGGUGCAGUUUUUCACAAAGUUUGGUGACAAACCCUGCUGUAUCACUGACCUGAAAAUAUACCUUCAUCUGCUGUCUCCUGAUCAGCAUGUUCAGUUCAUAAAUCGCCUGAGUGAAGGACUUCCACUGGGGGAGGAGGUACACACCUUCCCACAGGACACAAAAUCCCUGCAGAGACAUUUGUGUGUUUGUCAGCUGAGUCGAGCACUUGGGCUGCAUCACUCUCUUGACAUCAGUGGGAAACUGCGCCUUAUCACAGAGCUCAAAGCUCACUACCAUCAUGGGCUGAAAUUUGGAAACAAUGCACUGAAGACAGAGUUGCAGUUCUCUGAUAUGUAUUGUCUCAUGGCAGCUCAUGUAUACAUUGAYCUAUGGACAGAAACAGGUGAUGAAGGCAUGGUGUGGCACUGUUUAGGGCUCCUGCAAGAAGGUUUGUUUAAUAGUCCUUCCAAUGCCCAGUUCAAGCUGCUACUGCUGCUUCUCUACUGUCACCUGGGAGCCUUUGAGCCCAUUGUGGAUCUUUACUCCAGCCUGGAUGCCAAGCACAUACAGCAUGACACCAUUGGGUUUCUGUUAACGCGCUAUGCUGAGCCUCUGGGUCAGUUUGCUGCAGCCUCCCAGUCUUGUAACUUCUCCCUCAGGUUUUUCCACUCUAACCAGAAAGACACCUCAGAGUACAUCAUCCAGGCAUACAAGUAUGGCGCAUUUGAGAAAAUCCCGGAGUUCAUUUCUCUCAGGAACAGGUUGAAUCAGUCACUGCAUUUUGCCCAGGUCCGCACUGAGAGGAUGCUGCUGGACCUAUUCCUGGAAGCAGAUAUUGUUUUGAGUCUAGAGGAGAGUGUGAAGGCCAUGUCUUUAUCUGCAGAAGAGGAUGACAUUCCUUGGGAUACUUUAAGAGACAACAGAGACCUGACUGUGUUUACAAACUGGGACCCCAAAGAAAGACAGUUAAAUGAUGAACACCUGACUCAGUCUCUAGAGGAGGAGUCUGUGUGGUUGCGGAUACGUUCUCUAACUCUGCGCCUCCUCGCUGCGCUGUCUGCAUUGGGACACACGUCUUCUCAAAACUUUGAGAYGUCUAAUGAGAACGGAGUCGGAGACAAGACCUCCCUUCUCAGCAAUCUGCUCUCUCAGCUCAACCAGACUCUACAGAUGGCGGCRCAAAUUGCAGAAAAAAAGUUUCAUUAUCCAUUCUUGGGCCCCCCCUCCACUCGCCUGGCCUCGGCCCUGUCCAGUGGCAGCUGUCAGUGUCAGGCUGCAGCCCUKCAGCUCUCCGUCUACCUCCAGGAGCUGGAGUCCACCGGAUUGGAUGAGUCGUCAGAGCUUCAGACUCAGAUCUGUAAUAUUUUUAAAUCACUAGUCAUUCAGCUUCAGGAAAUAUUAGAUAAAUGCAAAGGAGAUUUAUUGGAAAUUAAAGGAAGCAAAUUAAAAACCCAUCCCUCCUUAUUAGAAAAUCUAAUCUUCUUUGUUGAGACUGUAAGCAUAGUCUUCUGGAUGGCUAGUUACUGUGCCAAGAUCCUCCGACCACUUAAGUCAAGUUUACAAAAAAAGAAGAAGAAGAAGAAAAAAGAAACAAACGUGACCCUGCCGGCAUUGAUGGUUGGGUUCCAGGAGUUGACGGGGUGCUUGCAGAACUUGCUCACCCAGUCACUGGAGCAUAUAAAGUGUCAAGAGGUUGGCAUUGUGGCCAUAAAACUCGCCAGUUUAACCUUGGAAGGACACUCACAGGAGGAGGAAGCAUUUACAAAGGCUGCUAUGGACAAGGUGCAGGGCAGUUACCUGCACUCACUUCAGGAGGUGGCAGAUCUGCUUAAAAAAAGAGCAGAAACUGUAAAGAACCUCAAGAUCUGAACAUCAUCACACACUUCAAACUGAUGAGGACUGUGUACCCCAUCGUCAUGUCACCCUUUGCCGGCCUGUGUGUCCUUGGUACUGGACUCUGUCAUGUUCUGUUGUUUCUCACUUGCGCUGUUUGUUUGUUUUUAUUCUCCCCACAUUGACACAAACCUCUGAAGCAUCUGCAGCUAUUAGACCACAUAAGCCUGUAGGUAAACUCCUAAAUUUAUACAGCUGUAAUUCAGGCAUAUUGAUACCUUAAAUAAUUAUUUUUAGAUUAUUUAGGAAGAGUAAAUCCAGUUUUAUCCCUAAUAAAUUAUUGUACAUAAUGAAGAAAAGACACAAUGUUUGUUGACUUAUGCCUUUAUCUCUGAAGAGAAAUGUUUUUCCAUCUGUUUCUCUGCUUAAAAAGCAAACUGGCAGAAUUCUUCUGAUGAACACCUGGAAAUGCAAACGUAACUCCCAGUCUAAACCCUUAGGACUGACAUUUACUUCUAUCAAAUCGUUUUGUUUGUCUUUUUUUGGUUUUGAGUACUAUGUGUGAUGCUUUGAACCACCUCUGUAGUUGCAGUAUUAGAAAGAGAUCAGCUAAAUAUUCUUUUGUUUUACUUUAUUUUAUUUUAUUUUUUAUUGCCCCUUUACCUCAUCUCUGGUGUUAGUAAACAAACUCAUUGAGGAAUCUGGAGUUUGAUGCUGAAAGGACAAGUAUGACCUGCAAACAAAGAGUUAGAUCUGUGCAUGUUUUUUGAAUCACAAAGUAUUUCAUUAAACAUGAACAGAUUUUAUUUAAA